AUGACUUCCCCUACCACAUGGAGAUGGCUACUGGCCCUGGCCGCGGGGGUAGUUCCAGCAGCUAUGGCCCAGAUAUGUACCCCGGACGAUGGAUCUUGGGGCUAUGCCUACAUGGUGCGCAAUCAGUCUGACCUAGACGUGAUCGCAGCGUCGUGCACCACUAUAAAUGGGAGCCUUAUUAUGGGAGUCAACUACACUGGCCCAUUCAGUCUGCCCAACGUGCGGAACAUUACCUCCCUAUUUAGAUCCGAGGCGCUUACUGAACCCCCCUAUCACCCGGCCCCAAUAUCUGCGGAUCUUCCAGACCUUGAGUUCCUGGGUGAUGGCCCGUGGUUCGGUGACCUUUCAACUUUGACGAACUUCUCCGCUCCAAAUUUGAAGCGAGUGGGUCAUGAGGUAAGGUUGAGGUCUGUUCAAUCAGUGAAUUUAGCAUCCCUGGAGGAAGCGGAGUCCCUUCGAAUCGAGGGGAAUAUUGACAGGCUACAGCUCGACACCCUUAAGCGCAUCUCUGAAGGAUUCGUUAUCUGUAACAGCGAUAAUUGCGAUGACAAGAAGAUUCCAAUCACCUCAUUGAAUCUCUCUCUUCCUUCACUACAUACUGCAGGCCGCAUCAGUAUCCACGGGAGGUUAUCAAACUUGAGCGUUCCCAACUUGUCCAAUAUCACUGGAACUGAAUCAAUCUCUCAAGCAUUCGAACUUAUCACAUCCGGAGAAACAAUUAACGUUUCCCUUCCAGAGCUGAUCUUUGUGGGCAACGAUAGUAUGGUGUUGAACGGUGAUAUUACAAGAUGUAAACCUCCCCUUCGAGAGGGCCGACGCGAUAUCGCUAAGCGGCAAUAUAUCAAGGUAUUCAAUAUGCCGCUGCAAAUUCCCUAG